AUGGUGGCUUUCAACAGUAAGACGCGGAAGAUAUGCGUCUUUCCAACGGCCCAACAGAAGACGCUCCUCAAGCACUGGAUCGGCACCGUGCACUGGACCUACAACCAACGGCAGUGCGCGCCGACCAAGAAGGCACUGCGCGCUCACUUCAUGACCGAGUUUGGCCUGCGAGAGGCGGAACGGAUCAAACGCACCAAGAGCAGGGUCGGCGGCGGCGGCGACGACGACGACGUUGGUAUCUCAUGGGUGUUCAAGACACCCCACAACCUCCGCGACCAGGCCAUGGGCCAGUUUGUUACGGCCUACAAGAACGCGGUCCAGGCACAUGGGCGGGGCAAGUUCAACAUCGCCUUUCGGUCGGCCAAGCGCCUGCAGCAGGAGACAGUGGUCAUUCACUCAAGGGACUGGAACUGGACCUGA